CGAGAGAAAUCGAUGCGGUUCUCUCGCGCCUAAUUCAGCUGCACGGCCUUGCAGCAUGCCGGAGGCAAACUAGGUUCCCACCGUUUGUUUUUUCUUCUCGCAUAUCUCGCACUUUUUUUUCCGACUGAAGACGGCCGCGAGUCCCAAUGGUGGGGCUUUGAAGAGUCCUGGUGUGGGGUAAUUUAGGAAUCAGCCCUUUCCAAUUUUUGCAGGUUCCCGGGCGGAAGGCCAGAGUGAAUUGGACUCUGUGGGAAGGAUGGGCCGAGUCGGCUGGGAAGGGGUCCAGGAGGACUCCGCGUUGUGACUUCACAGUCCCGUGAAGAGGGCGUAUGGAGUUCCCACAGAAUCUGGAACUCCAGACGUGGGAGGGGUUGUUUCGCGGUGGCAGUCCUAUCUCCCAGUGUGUUGGCCGUUUUCGGUUGCCCUGCUGCAGCCUUAAGGUGUUUCUCCGCACACCACGUGUUUGUUUAUUUAAACCAGCUUCUCUUUUAAAAACAAGCCCGGUCCUUUAAAAAAAACCCAAAACUUUUGUUUGCGCAGGAAAUACUGCGUUCCCUCCAUGCAGGACACUGAAACAUUUCUGCGCAUGCGGAGUCGUUUGUGUACUAAACCAGAACUAAUUUGCUAGAAUUUGGAAUCGAGUAUAUUUCCUGACAUUUGAACCCAGGACCCGGGGUUCUUGGAGAGGAACUUUGUCCCAGAGCCCAUAAAAAUGAGUCCUGCGGAUGCCCUUGAUGAUGAAAAUACAUUUAAAAUCUUAGUUGCAACAGAUAUUCAUCUUGGAUUUAUGGAAAAAGAUGCAGUCAGAGGAAAUGACACAUUUGUAACAUUUGAUGAAAUUUUAAGACUUGCCCAGGAAAAUGAAGUGGAUUUUAUUUUGUUAGGUGGUGAUCUUUUUCAUGAAAAUAAGCCCUCAAGGAAAACAUUACAUACCUGCCUCGAGCUGUUAAGAAAAUACUGUAUGGGUGAUCGUCCUGUCCAGUUUGAAAUUAUCAGCGAUCAGUCAGUUAACUUUGGUUUUAGUAAGUUUCCAUGGGUGAACUACCAAGAUGGCAAUUUCAACAUUUCAAUUCCAGUGUUUAGUAUUCACGGCAAUCAUGAUGAUCCCACAGGGGCAGACACACUCUGUGCCCUGGAUAUUUUAAGUUGUGCUGGAUUUGUUAAUCACUUUGGACGUUCAAUGUCUGUGGAAAAGAUAGACAUUAGUCCAGUUUUGCUUCAAAAAGGAAGCACAAAAAUUGCACUGUAUGGCUUAGGCUCCAUUCCAGAUGAAAGGCUCUAUCGAAUGUUUGUCAAUAAAAAAGUAACAAUGUUGAGACCAAAAGAAGAGGAGAACUCUUGGUUUAACUUAUUUGUGAUUCAUCAGAACAGGAGUAAACAUGGAAGCACUAACUUUAUUCCAGAACAAUUUUUGGAUGACUUCAUUGAUCUUGUUAUCUGGGGCCAUGAACAUGAGUGCAAAAUAGCUCCAACCAAAAAUGAACAGCAGCUCUUUUACAUAUCGCAGCCCGGAAGUUCUGUGGUUACUGCUCUUUCCCCAGGAGAAGCUAUAAAGAAACAUGUUGGUUUGCUGCGUAUUAAAGGGAGGAAGAUGAAUAUGCAGAAAAUUCCUCUUCAGACAGUGCGGCAGUUUUUCAUGGAGGAUGUUGUUCUGGCUAAUCAUCCGGACAUUUUUAACCCAGAUAAUCCUAAAGUAACCGAAGCCAUACAAAACUUCUGUUUGGAGAAGAUUAAGGUAAUGCUUGAAAAUGCUGAACGGGAACGUCUAGGAAAUUCUCGACAGCCAGAGAAGCCUCUUAUACGACUGCGAGUGGACUACAGUGGAGGUUUUGAACCCUUCAGUGUUCUUCGCUUUAGCCAGCAAUUUGUGGAUCGGGUAGCUAAUCCAAAGGACGUUAUCCAUUUUUUUAGGCGUAGAGAACAAAAGGAAAAUACAGAAGAAGAGAUCAACUUUGGGAAGCUUAUCACAAAACCACCUUCAGAAGGAACAACUCUAAGGGUAGAAGACCUUGUAAAACAGUAUUUUCAAACUGCAGAGAAGAAUGUACAGCUCUCACUGUUAACAGAAAGAGGAAUGGGUGAAGCAGUACAAGAAUUUGUGGACAAGGAGGAAAAAGAUGCCAUCGAGGAAUUAGUGAAAUACCAGUUGGAAAAAACACAGCGAUUUCUAAAGGAACGUCACAUUGAUGCUCUAGAAGAUAAAAUUGAUGAAGAAGUACGUCGUUUCAGAGAAAGCAGACAAAAAAAUACUAACGAAGAAGAUGAUGAAGUUCGAGAGGCUAUGAAUAGGGCCAGAGCUCUCAGGUCUCAGUCAGAGGACUCUGCUUCUGCCUUUAGUGCCGAUGACCUUAUGAGUAUAGAUUUAGCAGAGCAGAUGGCCGAUGACUCUGAUGAUAGCAUCUCAGCAGCAACCACCAAAGGAAGAGGCCGAGGAAGAGGCCAACGAGGAGGAAGAGGGCAGAACUCAGCAUCGAGAGGAAGGUCUCAAAGAGGAAGAGCAGGCACUCGUCUGGAGAUAACUACUACUCGUAGCAGGAGUUCAAAGGCUACUGUGUCAACAUCUAGAAAUAUGUCUAUAGUAGAUGCCUUUAAAUCUACAAGACAGCAACCCUCUCGAAAUGUUGCUACCAAGAAUUAUUCAGAGGUGAUUGAGGUGGAUGAAUCAGAUGAGGAAGAUGACAUUUUUCCUACCACUUCAAAGACAGAUCAAAGGUGCUCCAGUGUGUCAUCCAGCAAAUCUAUGUCCCAGAGCCAAAUAGCCAAAGGGGUUGAUUUUGAAUCAGAUGAGGAUGAUGAUGAUGAUCCUUUUAUGAACACUAGUUCUUUAAGAAGAAACAGAAGAUAAUAUAUUAAAUGUCACUUAGAAAUUUUUAAGAUAAAGGAAAAAUUAGAACAUUGCAAGCUAAGAAUUUACAACUGAAAAAUUUUAAAGUAUUG